AUUCUUUGGUUCCUUAUAUAUAUAUAUAUAAAGCCUGACCUGCUGAGCAUAUUGCUCUCAUUAUCAGUUGUGUCCAGAUUAAAGGCCAAGGAGUAUCAGCAAUAUGGAGAAAUUUUCAGUUCUGCUGGGAGCUGUGUUGCUGACCUUGUGUUUUACUGGAAGCCAUUCACAGACUGUCAUGACAACUAUUUCAUCAAAUGCCAAAACCUGCAGUGACUGCAAUGGUACGGCUAGCUCAGACUGUACCCAGGAGACUGGCUAUGUGAAGUGCAGCUGCAAGCAAGGCUACGUUGGAGACGGUUUUAACUGUACACCGAUUGUAUUCUGUAACAGCUUAAACUGCUGUCCACAAGGCUACUCAUGGAACUCAGCAUUAAUGGGAUGUGUGGAUAUAAAUGAAUGUUCAUCCAUGACACUAAAUAACUGUCCAACCUUAUCAGCAUGCGCUAAUAAGAAUGGCAUCUACCUCUGUAGUACCAGCAGAACUCUUCGAUGUCCCACUUCCGCCUGUGAUCCAGAUAAAGACUGUAUGAAUAUAAAUAAUGUGCCCAUUUGCGCUGAUCCCUGUACAAACUAUGCAUGGUUAGAUGGGACAAGCAGGCUUUUCACCAUUAACUCCACUAGAAGAUUCUCUACUGACCGUUUUUACUUUGGCUGGUUUCGGUACACAAAUAAUUUCAUAAUGAAGGAGGGUUGUGUUGGUUCAUUGAAAUGUGGCUCCCUUGAGCCAUUCACUCUAGGUGGCACCCUCCCAACGAAUACAAGCGCAGUGGUUAUGGUGCCCCUUAUAAUUAACUAUCUAACGGGUUGCUCAAGUGGAACACAAAUCCCUGUGAAAGCCUGUCCUGGAGGAUUCUAUGUCUACAAAUUUUCAGGAACAUUAAGGACAGAUGUGUACUGUACAGAACAAAUACCAGUUACAUCUACUUCAACCACAACCGCCACUUCUAUCUCUACAACCAGAACCACAUCUGUGUCAACAACCACUUUGAUUCCUACAACCAGAACUACUACUUCUGUACCUACUACUACCACAAUUCUUACCACAACCACUACAAUGACCUCUAUGCCAACAACUACUACUUCUAUUCCAACAACCAGAGCUAUUACUUCUGUGCCCACAUCUGCCACCAUACAACAAACAACAACUUUUGAGGCCAUGACAACCCCCAUUGUUCCUACAACAACCACUUCUGUACCCACAACUACCAACUUUAGUUCUACCUUUGGUACUACCACUUCUGAAUCAUUAAAAUCAACAACGACCCUUGAGGUCACAACAAAGCUUGAUACCCAGUUUGCAUCCCAAACCUUAACCUCUGAGCCCAUCACGCUUGAGAAAACUACACUUGACACUUUCACUAUACCACUGAUAACCACUGAAACCACAGCGACACCUGAGUCUGAAUCUACUCCAUAUGAGUCAACAACACCAGAGUUGUCUACCAUAACCACUGAGGCCCCAACAGAGCACCCUAUAUCACCCACAUCCCAAACGUCAACCCCUAAUGCGAUCACCCUUGAAAAAAACACAUUUGACACCUUUACUACACAACUGAUUGAAACCACUGAAGAACCCACCUCCACGUUGACAGCAGAGUCAAUUUCCACCACAACAGCACCUGAGUUGAAUACUACUUUAAAUGUGCCAAAAACUCUCAAUAGUGCAGAUAUUCCUUCAACCACACUAAUAACAACAACCUUAUAUGUACCUGACUUCACAUCCACUGAGUCAACAGAGUCCCCUAUCCUGUCCACAACCAAAACUUCAUCCUCUGAGCCCAUAACCUUUGAGGAAACUACACUUUACACUUUCACUACAUCACUGAUUGAAACCACUGAGGAAUUCACUGAGUUGGAUACUACUAUAUAUGAGCCAAGAACUCCAGAGUUUUCCACUCAUGACAUUACAGAAAUUAAUUCAACCACACUAAAAACAACAACCUUAUAUGUACCUGACACCACAACCACCGUAGCUACAACAGAGCUCCCUAUCCUGCCUACAACUGAAACUUUAUCGCCUGAGCCCAUCACCCUUGAGGAAACUACACUUGACACUUUAACUACACAACUGUUUGAAACCACUACGGAAUUCAGUGAGUCGGGUAUUACAGAAAUUCUUUCAACCACACCAAUAACAACAUUAUAUGUACCUGACACCACAACCACCAAAGCCAAAACAGAGCUCCCUAUCCUGCCCACAACUGAAACUUUAUCGCCUGAGCCCAUCACCCUUGAGGAAACUACACUUGACACUUUCACUACACAACUGUUUGAAACCACUAAGGAAUUCAGUGAGUCGGGUACUACAGAAAUUCUUUCAACCACACCAAUAACAACCUUAUAUGUACCUGACACCACAACCACUGAAGCCAUAACAGAGCUCCCUAUCCUGCCCACAACUGAAACUUCAUCCCCUGAGCCCAUCACCCUUGGGGAAACUACAUUUGACACUUUCACUACACCACUGUUUGAAACCACUAAGGAAUUCAGUGAGUCGGGUAUUACAGAAAUUCUUUCAACCACACCAAUAACAACAUUAUAUGUACCUGACACCACAACCACUGAAGCCAUAACAGAGCUCCCUAUCCUGCCCACAACUGAAACUUCAUCCCCUGAGCCCAUCACCAUUGAGGAAACUACAAUUGACACUUUCACUACACCACUGUUUGAAACCACUACGGAAUUCAGUGAGUCUGGUAUUACAGAAAUUCUUUCAACCACACCAAUAACGACAACCUUCUAUGUACAUGACACCACAACCACUGAGGCCAUAACAGAGCUCCCUACCCCGCCAACAACAAAAAUUUCAUCCCCUGAGCCCAUUACUCUUGAGGAAACUACAUUUGACACUUAUACUACACCACUGAUUGAAACCACUGAGGAAUUCAGUGGGUCGGGUACUACAGAAAUUCUUUCAACCACACUAAAACCAACAACCUUAUAUGUACCUGAAACUGCAACCACUGAGUCAACAACAGAGCUGCCUAUCCUGUCCACAACCAGAACUUUAUCCCCUGAGCCCAUCACCCUGGAGGAAACUACAUUUGACACUUUUACUACACCACUAAUUGAAACCACUGAGGAAUUCAGUGGGUCGGGUACUACAGAAAUUCUUUCAACCACACUUAAGCCAACAACAUUAUAUGUACCUGACACCACAACCACUGAGUCAACAACAGAGCUCCCUACCAUGCCCACAACCAAAACUUCAUCCUAUCAGCCUAUCACUCUCGAGAAAACUACAUUUGACACUUUUACUACACCACUGAUUGAAACCACUGAGGAAUUCAGUGGGUCGGGUACUACAGAAAUUCUUUCAACCACCCUAAAACCAACAACCUUAUAUGUACCUGACACUGCAACCAUUGAGUCAACAACAGAGCUGCCUAUCCCGUCUAUAACCAAAACUACAUCCCCUGAGCCUAUCACCCUUGAGGAAACUACAUUUGACACUUUUACUACACCACUGAUUGAAACCACUGAGGAAUUCAGUGGGUCGGGUACUACAGAAAUUCUUUCAACCACCCUAAAACCAACAACUUUAUAUGUACCUGACACUGCAACCACUGAGUCAACAACAGAGCUGCCUAUCCCGUCCACAACCAAAUCUACAUCCCCUGAGCCUAUCACCCUUGAGGAAACUACAUUUGACACAUUUACUACACAACUGAUUGAAACCACUGAGGAAUUCAGUGGGUCGGGUACUACAGAAAUUCUUUCAACCACACCAAAACCAACAACCUUAUAUGUACCUGACACUGCAACCACUGAGUCAACAACAGAGCUGCCUAUCCCAUCUACAACCAAAUCUACAUCCCCUGAGCCUAUCACCCUUGAGGAAACUACAUUUGACACUUUUACUACACCACUGAUUGAAACCACUGAGGAAUUCAGUGGGUCGGGUACUACAGAAAUUCUUUCAACCACCCUAAAACCAACAACCUUAUAUGUACCUGACACUGCAACCACUGAGUCAACAACAGAGCUGCCUAUCCCGUCUACAACCAAAUCUACAUCCCCUGAGCCUAUCACCCUUGAGGAAACUACAUUUGACACGUUUACUACACAACUGAUUGAAACCACUGAGGAAUUCAGUGGGUCGGGUACUACAGAAAUUCUUUCAACCACACCAAAACCAACAACCUUAUAUGUACCUGACACCACAACCACUGAGUCAACAACAAAGUUUCCUAUCCCGCCCACAACCAAAACUUCAUCCUCUGAGCCUAUAACCCUUGAGGAAACUACAUUCACAACACAACUCAUCGAAACCACUGAGGAAUUCAGUGGGUCAGGUACUACUGAAAUUCUUUCAACCACACUACUAACAACAACUUUAUAUGUACCUGACACCACAACCACUGAGGCGACUACUACCACAUUUGAAGUACAAACAUCACCUGAGCAGACUAACACCACAUCUACUACUUUUGAACCUCUACCUUAUACCACAACUCCUAAAACAACUAAGCAGACUACAGAUGAGUCGAGUAUUCACCAAACCACAAUGAAACCUACAGACCUAGUAAAACAAAUUAAGUUAAAGAUAUCCAUUUUCAAAGACAUGGAGCUGACAAAUCUUAUGUAUAGCAGCCAGAAUCUUUCUAAUGAGACAUCACUGUACAUUGUUCUGGAAGUUGAAAACAAUGAUGAACAAGAGCAUGUCUUGCUGGUCAACUCCCUUUCAGACAGUAAUAAAAUUUCAGCCACAGAUUUCUUGGAUCUUAUGGCUAGAAAGGGGAAAAUGCCAAGUAAUAUAGAUAAAACAUCAAAGGUGGAGUUACAAGGACAAGGUUUUUCAGUUGAAGCCUACAAGUUUACGGAAACAGACAAGGCAAAUAGCACUUGCCAUUCUAAUGAUAACUUUUCGUAGAAGCAGAGUCAGCCAUCCAAAUGGAACACUGUUGCACUUAUUCCACUUGAUCAUUAUGGAAAUAAUUAUCAUCUGAUGCUCAUUAUGCACUGCCUGUUUUUUGGGCUCCAUCUAACUAAAUGAAUUAUAUAUAUAUAUAUACAGUAUAUGUAACUAUAUAUAACUAUGCUAAUACUAUAGCGUAACACACUAUUCACCACACAUUUCUUUUCAUUUUUCUACAUAUGUAAAAAAAACCUGAGUAAUUUAACUGUACAGGUAUGAAAUUUUCAGAUAAUGUGCCUCCCCAUUAUUUGGAGUACGAUUCUGUAAGGCUACUAAAAACUAGAUGAUUGUUUUGCCAUCAAUAAGGUACCAUCAAGUACAAGGUACUAGCUUAUUCUUAAAGAGGAAAAAAACCCAUAUCAUUUAAAAACAAACACUGUGAGUUUUCUGUAUAACAGAUUUCUGAAUGAAUGAUUCCAUUACUGACAUUUCUGAAUUAAUUUAAGUAUAACAAUACUUUCAAAUAAUAAUACAUUUUCUUCAAAGCAUAAUAUUUAAAAAAUUAUAAAUAAUUAAACACAGGAUAUUGUUAUAUUU